AUGCAAGCCCGCGCCAGUGUCGUGACGGCCGACGUCGUCCAAGCCGCCAGUGAAGCCACGCCAGGGCUGUCGCUGCCGGCCGGUGUCCAGCUCUGGAAGUGUCUCGUCGAGGGCCUUUGCGACCAUGUUCAUCGACGCGUCCCCAUCCGCCUCGAACGCUUUCUCCAGUUUGAACCUCCGAGUACCUUUGUCGACGUCGCGUUUGCCAAAACGCCAGUGAAGCUAGCACCACCGCUCAGCCUUGCCCACGCGGCCCGGAUCCAGCGUCUCGACGAGAAUUGUGUGGCGGCUUUUGUUGAUGCCGUCCUACAAGUGCUGACAGACGCCAUGGCGCGCGGCGAGGACAUCCGCCUCGGCUUUCUUCCGCUUGGCGAGUGGCUCUGCACCCAAGGCCGCGUGUCCUUUGCGUUUCAAAAGCAAUCGCCGGCGUUGACACCGAGCAAAGGCGAUAGCCGGGCGUCCGAGGCGAUGUACGGCCGCCCCUCCUCCAACCAGAUCCGCCACGAUGUUCGACCAGCGACGGCGAGCACCCGUGCGUCGGCCGUCAGCAAGGCCAUGUACGGUCGACCCGCCUCCAACCAGAGCACGCACGAUGUCCGGCCUUUGACAGCCUCCUCGUCGGUGGCGGCCAGUGCAAAAAUCAAGUCCGAACGAGCGUCCUCUGUCCAUCCCUCCGACAACCAAAGCCGCCACGACCAGCGUCCUGGCACCGCCCAGAAAAGUCGGGCGCCGAGCCAUGGAAGCAUCCUAUCGACCGGGCGGUCGACGAUUGCAAGUCGCCCAGCGUCCAACCAAGUGCCGUCCACCCGACUUAGCCGAACGAGCACGGGCUCCACCCAUCGGUCAAGCACCUCGCGCGUUCCUCCUGCCGCCAGUCGACCGUUGACGUCCGUGUCACGCAACAAGGCCCCGUCAACACCACUGCAGCCGUCCAAAAGCCGGGCAUCGCAAGCGUCGAUGCGAUCCAACAACGAUGCUCCUGCACCGUACGACGCUGUGAUGCAGAAUUUAGAUGUUCUCUUACUGUCGCGUGUAGGGACGCUCUUCUCGCGCAAGUGA